AUGGAGCAAGAUUUUGUUAAGAAGAAACUAAUUAUGGAGCAAGAUUUUGUUAAGGAGAAAGAAGAUUACGAGAGGAAUAUCGAUAAUUUAGAAUUAGACUUAACGAAACAAAAGAAAAGUUUUGAACAAGUAUUGCAACAAGCACAAGAAAGAUUUAGUAAGAAUCUUAAUACUAUACAAAAAAAAUUAAAUGGUAAGGGAAACGGCUUAGGUGAAUUAGAAAAGAACAUACCAAACUUAAAAAAGAGGCCUCUAAAUACCAAUCGGCCCUUGGU